AUGGUAAUUGGAGAUUUAAACGCAAGGAUAGGAAACAUGCAGACGGCAACUACUGUCUUACAAGAAACAAACCUUACCAACAUUUAUAACAACCGCACAUUCAAAGAUACCGUCUACAAUCAAAAUGGAACAAAACUUCUUGAUAUUCUUCAAAACUAUGAUUUAUGUAUUCUAAAUGGUUGUACCGAAGGGGAUCGAGAAGGUCAUUAUACUUUCAUUGGAGGUCAAGGCAAAUCUGUGAUAGACUAUUGUGCAGUAAAUAACGACUGGGUAGAUCUUAUAACCAAGUUUGAAGUUCAAACAAAAACUUAUUCCGAUCAUUUACCUAUAGUUAUUGAAUGGACUAAUAAUGCUAUAAGAAACGAAAAAACUCUUAAUUUGCUCCCAAGAAUGAACUGGAAAAUACAAAAAAUAAAUAUAUACCAUGAAGCUAUAGACAACUUUUUUUCAAAUACGGUGUUGAACACAGAGUCGGUAGAAGAAUACUCUUCGCAAGUAAUAUCAUGCAUUAGGAGUUCUUCUUCAAUUAAAAUGACAACUGGAGAAAAAUUUUACAAGCAAAAGUGGUUUGACUCCGAAUGCUCGAAGUUCCGUAAGAAAUCCUUUGCUCUAUUACACGCAUGGAGAGAAACAGAUUCCGAAGUUUUAAAGAAAUGGUAUGCUGAAGCCAACACCUCUUAUAAAAAUAUGUGUCGUGUGAAGAAAAUCAACUGGGAAAACAACAAAGCUAUUCAACUUGCAAAUAUUAAAAACUCAAAAGAAUUCUGGAAAGCAACAAAAGAGAUAAAUGGUUCUAAAUUUAAAAUAGGUACAGGCGUUUCUGCAGCACACCUAUCACUGUACUUUCAAACUCUACUUCGUGAUCAAAGAAACAUAACCUUUUUAACUGCCGAACCUCUUAUCGUCGAUGAUAUUCUGGAUUGUGAAAUCUCUUUGGUGGAAAUUGAAAAUGUCUUAAAAAAAUCAAAAAAUGGAAAGGCACCGGGAGAAGAUGGCGCUUUAGAUAAAGCCGAAAACUACCGUGGCAUAUCGUUUAUGAACACCAUUGGCAAACUCUUUUGUGGAAUUCUAGUCGCUAGACUUGAAAAAUGGAUUGAUGAAAACAACACCAUGACCGAACUACAGGCAGGAUUCAGAAAAAACUACUCGACUAUCGACCACAUUUUUAGUCUAACUGCAAUAGUGAAAGGUUUUCAAGCGAGAAACAAAAAGGUGUACGCACUUUUUGUAGAUUUUAAGGCGGCUUUCGAUCUCAUUCAUAGAAACGCGCUUUUGUACAAGUUAUCGCAAAUCGGACUUUCUACCAAAUUCAUUCAGAUCAUCAAAAAAAUGUAUUGUGGAACUAAUGCUGCUGUUUGGGAUGGAAACAAUAUAUCGGAUUGGUUUGAAACAGAUAGUGGUGUGAAGCAGGGAUGCCCACUUAGUGCAUUGUUAUUUGCACUUUUUAUAAACGAUGUUGUGACUGAACUACCUGGUGGAAUCAGAAUUGCAGGCACCAUAGUAAAUGUUCUUUUGUACGCCGAUGAUUUGGUAAUUUUAUCUGAAAAUCCGCAAAAUCUACAAUUGAUGAUAAACCGCCUUGUUUCAUUCUGUGAGAAGUGGGGACUUAUCAUUAACACAGAUAAAUCGAAGGUAAUGGUUUUCUCAAGAAAUAAUCGGGGUAACCCAACACAAAACUAUAAUUGGUUCUUGGGAACUAACCGUCUUGAUGUUGUGAGAGAAUAUACUUAUUUGGGAGUAAAGCUUAAUACAACACUUGAUUUCAAAACACAUUUUGAAGAAAAAACUAAAACUUGCCAGAAACUUAUAAACUCUACUUGGAAAAAUGUUUUGUUCAAUGAACACGUUAGUCUGUCAACAAAGUACAAAAUCUUUGAUUCAGUCGUUAAAUCGACAUUGUGUUACGCUGCAGAAGUAUGGGGAACUGAUGAAUUUGAAGAAAUGGAAAAGCUGCAAAGAAAAACAGGUUUACCCAAAAUUUUUACUAGUACUCUUAAAACACAAGCCGACUAUAUUCUAAAAGUACUCGACUUCCCCGAAUCACGACUCGUAUGGAAAAUGCUACAGUAUGAAAUCCGAAAUAAAGAUUGGUGGAUGGAGAAAUGGCGAAAUCUUGGCGAAGUCUAUGGAGAAAAUACCAACAUAAUUCCCGGCGAUAGAAUAACAAUAAAAGAUCGGUUGUAUCGUACAAUACAAAAGUUUGAAGAUAAUCAGAGAGCGUUGCUUGUAGCGGAAGCCCAGCAGUCGGAUAGCAGAUUCUUGUACUCAAAACUCAACUAUAAUCUAGAAGCUGAUAACUAUUUUU